UGCUUUAACUCCUUGAAGACCCAGGUGAACUCCGGUCUUCAGAAUAAUUAGGCCCUUGGCUCCUGCCAACCUCCUUUCCUCUAUAGGGGUGCAGGAGAGCUGAUACUCACUGAUUGGCUGUGCUGAUGUGUUUUCUUGGGAGCUUCAUCCAGCAAAGCUUGCCCCUCCAGCUCCUCCUGCUGGUGGGGGUACCUGUGGCCACUGUGCUCCUGCUAGUCCAGUGCCUUCGCUGGAUCUGCCCCCCCAGCAGGCACCAAGGGAGGUCAGAGGCCCCACGGGCCUCAAAGGAACCAGUCCCUGAGCCCUUCUCCUUUCCGGAGGAUGAUGCUCCAAGGCAGUGUCCACCAGCCACCCUGACAGAGAUGGCCAACUUCUACCAGGAGCUGCACACCCCUGCUGAGGGCCGAACUGUGGUCCGACAACUGCUGAACAAGCUCUUGGUGUUUGCGUGGCGUAAUGUGGAUCACCAGGGGGGCUGUCUGCUGCUCAAGGACAUGGGCAUCUCUCUGUUCAUCCCACCAGGUGCAGUAGCUCUGGGACGCCGGGAGCGGGUGUCCCUGGCCCUGGUGUGGGACCUGUCUGAUGCCCCAUCACUGUUGAGUAGCCAGGCCUUGGUGAGCCCUGUCGUGGCCUGCAACCCCCACGGAGCCUCCUUCCUGAAGCCCUGCACUCUUACCUUCAAACACUGUGCCCAGAAUCCCAGCGAUGCCCGUACCUAUUCCAGCAACACUCCCCUGCUAGAUGCCAAGAUAUGGAAGCCACUGGGAGAGCCUGGGGCUCACACUUCAAGGGAUGAGUGCAGAAUCCCCAUCUCCCACUUCAGUCUCUACACCUGUGUGCUGGAGGCUCCCAAUGUGCAUGAUGCCCGAAAGUGGUUGCAGCUAGCUGUAUUCUGCUCAGCCUUGGUACCAGGACAGUCACACCUGCAGCUGCGUGUCUACUUCCUCAACAACACACCUUGUGCCCUGCAGUGGGCAGUGACCAAUGAAGAGCCCUAUGGUGGGCGCCUCCGUGGGCCCUGCCAACUCUUUGACUUCAUGGGGACUCGGGGGGACCAGUAUCUGAAGCUCAAGUAUAUCUCUGAAGGCUGGGAAAAUGUGGAUGACAGCAGCUGCCAGAUGGUACCCUACCUUCACAUCUGGCAUGGAAAGUGCCCCUUCCGCUCCUUUUGCUUCAGGAAAAAAGCAGGAACCAGUGAGGAUGAAGAUAAUUCAGCAUUGACCAAUGAGAUUAUUGUCACUAUGCACACCUUCCAGAAUGGCUUGGAGACCAAGUACAUGGAAAUCCUACGGUUUCAGGCAUCAGAGGAGGAAUGCUGGGCAGUGCCACCUCCAGUCUCCCGACCUGCCCCAUGCAACAGGCUACCUCCAGAGCUCUUUGAACAGCUGCAGAUGCUACUGGAGCCAAACAGUAUCACAGGCAAUGACUGGCGCAAGCUGGCAUCCCAUCUAGGGCUGUGUGGCAUGAAGAUCAGGUUCCUGUCUUGCCAGCGAAGCCCAGCAGCUGCUGUCCUGGAGCUCUUUGAGGAGCAGAAUGGGAGCCUCCAGGAGCUUCACUACCUCAUGACUUCCAUGGAGCGGCUGGACUGUGCCUCGGCCAUCCAAGUUUACCUUAACAGCAAUCAGGCCCAGACUCCAACAAUGACAGGUUCUCCUGUCAUAGCCCACAAAACCUGGGACAAUGAAGACCUGGAGCUGGAUGUGAAACUUUGAGCUGAGGUGGUAGCUGCAUCACCUCCCCAAGGCUAGCAGGGCUGGGCAAGGCUAGGGAAGGGGCUCUGCUUCCAGGUUCUCCUUCUCCAGGGGCUUUAGGUUGGACACCUGGGCAGUUUUUCCUUUGGACAUGAUGGAGUAAGUGAGACGUCUGCCACCAAUGGGUUGGGCCUGGGGCUAGCACCAGUACAGUCUUGGCAGGAGGUACCAGCCCUUUCAUAGUCACUUGCUGACUGCCUACUGGCCCCAGCAGAGGUCUGCAAAGUAGAAGCAGGGAAAGGCACCCUCCUUGUACCCUACCCCUCACCUUACAUUUCAUCGUCUCUGGAUAGAUAACCACCAAACUCAGGGAAGGAUCGGAGGGACCAACAACAAACGGGGCAUAAAGAUCCUUUCUGGCAUGACCAAGUUCUUCUCUGCUGACUUUAUCUCCUCCUCAGCAGCAGGGUGCAGGUAAUGCAAGCCUGCUCAGAAUCCUCCAAGCCUCAUUGGCCCCUGGACUAUUAGGGGUGGAAGGCACCUUCGAGA